AUGCAAAACAUGUAUAUGAAUAAUCGUGAGUUUUAUCAACCUAACCUUCCUUCAUUUCCAUUAUGUGAAUCAAAAGAAAUCUGUAUAACACAAUUAUCUCAAGAGACUAGUAUACAAACAUGGCCAUGUGGUUUCAAUACUGGUAAUGAUAUCAUAACGCAUACGUUUCAUGAAGAAGUUUACAUCCUAGAAGGUGCUAUUACUGAUCUUUCUCUUGGUCAAACAUUUGGUAAAGGAUAUCAUGCAUGGCGCAAUCCUGGAAUGAAACAUGGGCCUUAUCAAGCUGAUCAAAAUUUUGGUUGUCAAAUGCUCGUCAUCGUCAGAAAUCCUAAUAGACUAUCAGAUUCUCAUUAA